AUGGGCGCCGCCGAGCGCUGGCUCGCGUCGCUUAUCGGCGCAGGUUUCCCAUACGGCACGCUGACGGUGAACGUCGUGGGCUCGUUCAUCCUCGGCGCGCUGGUGCAGGGGCUCGCGGUCUCCUUCGACGCCGGCGAGGUGGUGCAGCGCUUCCUCUUCGUGGGGUUGCUCGGCGGCUUCACCACCUUCUCCGCCUUUUCGGCGGACAGCAUCGCCAUGCUGGAGCGGGGCGAUGUCGGCCGGGCGCUGCUCUACAUCGCGCUCUCGGUCGUGCUCUCGGUCGGCGGCUUCUAUUGCGGGCUCAAGCUGGUACGCGGGGUGCUCUGA